AUGCACGAGUUCAUCGGCGUGCUCAACGCCGACACGACGAAGAAGUCGUCCUGCUACUUCGGGAGCGACGAGAUGACGUACCGGACGACGGCGCGCGACUCCAUGGACAUGGACAUGGACGCCGCGUCCAAGCAGGGCACGUCGAACAUGCGCGCCCAGGCCAAGAAGCUCAAGGCCGAGCUCAGCGGCCACAAUUUUGUGUUGGGCAACGACGUGCUCAACUACUCGACGACGUCCGCGACGUCCUUCAAGUACGAGUCCGAGUCCGCGCUCGCGGCGCAGGGCACGCUCAUCAAGGAGGUCAAGGCCGACCUGCGCAAGGAGCACUUCAACUUUGGCAACGAGGUCGUCCAGUACGAGACCGACGCCCAGCGGUCCAUGAAGAACGGCGAGAUCACGCCCGCGCGCCUCGGCGAGAUGAAGCACGACGCCAAGGCCGCCCAGGACCUCAAAAUCAAGCUCCUCGCCACGUCCGUCGUCAUCGGCGACGACCCGACCUACAUGCGCUGCCCGAGCAUGGCGCUCGCGCGGGGCAUGAGCGUGCGCAAGUCGCUGGACACGCACGAGACCUGCGUGUCGAGCUGCGUCGAGACGCUCAAGACCAUGGAGCCGUCGCUGCUGAAGCCGGAGGUCGUGGCGCAGCUCAGCGCCGGCGCGGGCGACCGGUCCGCCUUCGUCCUCGGCGCCGGCGAGGUGCUGGCGACGGAGACGGCGCUGACGGGCGGCAAGGGCUCGUCCCUCGCCAUCCUCAACGCCAUCGCCGGCGUCGCCGUGCCGACCUUCUUCUGCGUCACGACCGCGGCCUACCGCGCGCACUUUUCGACGGCCGAGUCGGAGGCGCUGCUCGCGGGGCUCCAGGCCCUCAGCGACGGCUUCCGCCCGAGCGCCGGGUCGCCGUCGAAGCGGUCGGAGCUGGAGAACGCGGCCGAGGCCAACGGCAUGGCCGAGCUCUUCGCCAAGGCCGCCGAACUUCGCGCGCACAUCGCGGCGUCGCCGCUCUCCGACGCCGCCGAGGCCGCGGUCGGCGCCGCGCUCGCCGCGGCGAGCCUGGCGGAGCGGCCCGUCGCCGUGCGGUCGUCGGCGACGUCGGAGGACGGCGCCGAGGCGUCCUUCGCGGGGCAGCACGACACGUUCCUCUACCAGCGGGGCCUCGGCGCCGUCGUCGCGAGCGUCAAGGCGUGCUGGGCGUCGGCCUUCACGGACCGCGCCGUCGAAUACCGCCACCGGCACGGCGUGCCCCACGCGGGCACGGUCAUGGCCGUCGUCGUCCAGGACAUGGUCGAGUCGACGGUCGCGGGCACCGCGUUCUCCGUCGAGCUGAACACGGGCUUCCCGGCGGCGCAGGUCGCCGCGUCCUACGGCCUCGGCGAGGCCGUCGUCUCCGGCGAGGUCACGUCCGACGAGUGGCUCUUCGACCGCAGUAAGCUGGCGUGCAUCAAGCGCGUGCUCGGGAGCAAGAAGUGCGAGUACGUGCCCAGGAGGGGCGCGUCCGGCUGCGACAAAGUCGCCGUGGAGGAGCGGCGGCGCGCGCGCUUCUGCAUGGACCUGGACACGGCGCGGCGCGUCGCGGCGGCGACGCUCAAGGUGCGGGCCGUCUACGAGCAGCUCUUCGGCUACGACGACGUCGACACGGAGUUCGCCGUCAGCGGCGCGGACACGGUGCUCCACCUCCAGUCGCGGCCCGUCGUCGCGCUCGGCGCGAAGGAGAUCCUCACCGUGGACCGGCGCGCCGCGCGGAGCCGCGUCGUCGCCAAGGGGAGCUACUCGCUCCUCGGGGCGGUCGCGGGCACGUGCCGCGUGAUCCGCAACUUCGAGGAUCUCAUCAGCGGCAAGGCGUCGAUUCGGCCCGACGACGUCGUCGUCACGGCGAAGACGUCGAACUACUGGAACCAGUACCUGACGUCGCUCCGCGGCAUCGUCACGGAGGACGGCAGCCCGACGGCGCAUCCCAUGUUGAUCGGCCGCGAGCGGCGCCUCGCGGUGCUCUGCGGCGUCCCGGGCGUCGUCGACAAGCUCGCGAAGCUCGACGGGCGGCCCGUCACGCUCGACGGCCUGACCAAGGCCGUCUACGCGGGCCACCUCGAGCUCCACUCCGCGAGCCGCUUCGAGCUCGAGGGCGAGUUCCGAGUCCAGGCGCCGACGCCGCCGAAGAAGGACUCGGACGUCUUGGCCUUCCUCAAGUCCUACGGCCGCUGCCGCUUCGCCGACGACGACGUCUGGAUCCACAACCCGAACUCGCCGCUGUCGCCGUGGUUCGCGGCGCUGCGGACCUCGGUGUAUCCCGCGCGCGCCGCGCUCCUCGAGGCGGCCCUGGGCGCGAACGCCCCGAAGCCGGACGUCUUCUGCGGCGACUUCCGGAUCUUCGAGGACGGCGUCGUCGCCGACAAGUUCGUGCCCAUCGAGGACACGCUCCGCGCGUUCCAGAACGUCGGCUUGGCCGAGUGCCGGCAGUACCACGACGCCGUCGACGACGCGGGCCGCCGCUACCACCGCGCCUGCGCGGCCUUCGCGGCGGCGCCGUCCGUGGCGACGUGGCGAGCCUACGCCGCCGCCUUCGCGCCGCUCCACGCGGCGCUCUGGCUCUCUUUUUUUUGGCGCAUGCACGUCAAGCAGCUGUCGAGCGCGUUGGCCGCGGACCACGGCGUCGCGCACGUGCACUACGACGAGAUGCUCACGCUGGCCCACGACGAGCUCGGCAAGCACGACGAGGACGCGCGCUUCACCAACGAGCUCGUGGAUUUGGCCGACGAGCUGCGCCACGAGUGCCUGUCCGGCGCGGAGCAACUGGCGCACGCGCGCGAGGGCUCGGUGUCCCACGAGGCGAAGCAUCUCGAGGCCGUCCGGGCCCUCGCGGCGAAGGACCCCGCCGUCGCGGCGAAGCUGCGGGGCAUCGCCGCGCGGUACCGCGUUCUGAAGGACACGGACGUCGGCCGGGAGCCGCCCUACGCGGCCGUUUUGGAGAAGGUCACGGAGGCCAUCGAGCAGGGCGCCUGCCGCGCCCACGACCACGCCGACGACGCGAUCGUCGAGUACUACCCCGAGGCGCCCGCCGUGCACGAGGCCGCGAAGCAGGCGACGUACGCGCGAACGCAGAAUUCGAACGCGCACCACUGGAAGUGGCGCGGCACGGCGCUCGUGCGCCUGGGGCUCAAGCAGGUCGCGGACGCGCUCGAGCUCGACUUCGCGGACCUGGUCACGUCCGCGGCGUCGCUCGAGGACGUGGAAAAGCGCGUCGCCGCGUACGAGCGGUGGCUCGAGACCGCGCCCAUGUCCGCGCGGACGACGCACGCGAACGCGCUGUUCGCGUCCUUCGGCCUCGCCAACACGACCCGCGACGGCGGCUCCGCCUUCGACCUCCACGCGUUGCCGCCGCCGAGGGACGCCGACUCGACGGUGCGCGCGAAGCUCGAGACGGCCGUCGAGGCCGGCGCGCGGCUCUACGGCGACGACGAGGUCCGGCCCGCGGACAAGGUGGCAGAAUUCCCGGGCUUCAGUCCGCCGGAGACGCCGGGCGCCGCGCGCCGCGCGAUCGAGGAGAGCGCGAAGGAGGAGUGGCGGGCCUUCGCGGUCGUCGCCGCCGUCUCCGCGAUAUGCGUGUUAUAUAACAUCGUCACCGUAUUCAUGCCGAAACCCGUCGGCCUCGUCGAGACGUCCGGGCGACACGCGGGCGCCGUCGGUUGCGAGAUCCGCGCGACGAUCUGCGCCGCGGACGCGCUCCAGAUGUCCUGCCUCGCGCUCUCGCGCAUAUCCGCCUACGCCAUGUACCCGUCGCUCGUGCUCCUCUUCGUCACGAAGGCGCACGGCCUCCGCACGUUCCUCGGCCGGUCGUGUCUGGCCGUCUGGGUGCCGUUCCACGACCUCCACGCGCUCCACGCGGCGUGCGGCCGCGCCGUCGGCGUGUGCGCGUUGAUCCACGGCGUCGGCCACGUCGCGCGCUGGGCGAUCCGCGGCGAUUCCCGUUUCCUCUACGCGCACGUGACGGGCCGCACGGGCGUGCUCGCGCUGCUCGCCGCGCCCGUCGUCGUGCUGCCCAUGGCCUGGGGGCGGCUCCGCAAGAAGGUGCGCUACGAGGUGCGCAAGGGCCUCCACACGGCCGGGGCGCUCGCCAUGGGCAUCGCCGUCGCGCUCCACGCGCCGAAGUCGGUCGUCGCCUACGUCGUGGGCCCGGCCCUCGCGGUGUACGCCGCCGACGUGCUCUACCAGCGCGGCGUGCAGCUCUCCUUCGAGAACCCGCCGGGCUUCCGCGCGGACGCCGUCGGCUACGUCUACGUGAUGAUCCCCUGGAUCGCCAAGGACCAGUGGCACGCCUUCUCGCUCUACCAGUCGCCGGAGCACCCGGGCUACUCGUCGGUGUGCGUCUCCGCCGUCGGCGACUGGACGCGCAAGCUCCACGCGGAGGUCACGUUCGACACGGUGCGCCCCUGCUACGUCACCGGCCCCUUCACGAGCCCCUACGCGACGGCGUCGAACUUCGACAAUCUGGUGCUGGUCGCGUCGGGCAUCGGCAUCACGCCGGCGAUCAACAUCCUCGCGGCCGCCAAGGAGACGCGGCGCUGCAACCUGUUGUGGAUGUGCCGGGACGCGUCGCUCGUCGAGUUCUACCUCAGCGCGGUGGAAUUCGACGACGACGGCUACACCGUCGUCUACUACACGGGCAAGCGCGAGCUCUGCGUCGACACGAGCCGCCUCCCGGCGCGGGUCCUCGUCUUCGCGAAGCGUCCGAACCUGCCCCGGGCGAUCCAGGGCCUCAUCCACGCCAUCGAGACGGGCACCGGCCUCCCCGAGGACGCCGUCCAGGCCUCGGAGGAGGCCAAGGCCCGGGCGUCGGACGCGCACCGGCGCCAGAGCGAGCCCGGCGACGCGCCCAUGGACCGCUUCGCCGCCGCGGUGCGCGCCGCGCUCCGCGCCGACGGCCGCGACGACGUCGUCGACCGCUUCGUGCUCGCCGGCGGCGCCAAGGGCGUCGGCCCGGACGCGCUCGCGGCCGUCGCGGCGCGCCACGGCGCGGACCUGUCGGAGGCCGACGCGGCGCGGGUCGCCGCGGAGCUGCCCUCGCGCGAGGCCCUCGGCGCCUUCGUCCACGCCCACGCGAACGCCAUGGGCCACGCGCCCUCGCUCGCCGAGUUCGACGUCCACGGCGAGUCGCCCGACUCGCUCCGCGAGGAGUUCUCCCAGUCCCACGAGUCGUCGAAGAACUCCGUGAGCGCCGCCGACAUCUUCGGCGAGGCGGGCGUCGACGUCGACCGCGAGGCGUUCUUCGACGCGUGCGGUGCGCGGCUCUCGCGGUGGGAGAUCCUCUACUGCGGCGGCGCGCAGCCCGUCGUCGACGCGCUCACGAAGUUCUCGCGCGAGUUCUUCAUCUCCUUCCGCAAGGAGAAGUUCGACUGUCGUUGUGAACCGGGCAACGGGCUGCCAAACGAUGGAAGCCACAACCUUCUGCACGUGUCGUCGUCGCGCGUCGCGCCCGUCGAGGACGACGGCGACGCCGGCGCGGCUGCCGUACGGCUCCGAAACGACGCGGCCGUCGAGCGGCGGCUGCGAGCCCUCGAGGAGCGCGAGGCCGCGGUGCUCCGGCGCGAGGCCGCCGUGCUCCAGCGCGAGACGGACGCGCGGCAGCGGGAGACGGACGCGCGGGAGCGGGAGAAGUCCGCGUCGCUGCGCGAGGCCGACGCGCGCAGGGUCGGCGCGGCCGCGGCGCCGAAAGCCGAGGAGACCGAGGACCCGCUGAGCAACGCCGUCAAGAUCGUCGACGCCUACCAGAACUCCGGCGGCGAGGUGCCCCUGGGCGUCCACGUCCUCGAGGUCACGGCCUUGCAGCAGGCCGUGACGCUCCUCCGGAACAACGGCGACCGCUUCCACCACCAGCUCAAGGAGCUCAAGCAGCGCGAGGAGACCGUGCUGCGCGAUUGGAAGGGGACUUUCCGGGAGAUGGACCUGCGCAAGGCGCAGAAGUCGCUCGACAAGGCCAUGGGCGAGAGCCGGGAGCAGGAGCAGGCGCUCGUCGAGCAGUUCAACGAGAUGCGCGACGCGGGCGUCGAGCGCUUCGUGCCGCUCCUGCUCCACACGGUCGAGAAGUUCGACGCGCGCUACGAGCGGGCGGCGAACGCGCCCGGCGGCGAGGCCGCGCUCCGCGGCAUCGAGGCUCUCGUGAAACCGUUCCGGAGGUCCAAGCCCGAGAUCCACCAAAAACCGCCCUGCGCCGAGGAGGUCAACUCCCAGGCGACGCUCAUGCGCCUGCUGACGCGCGCCGUCGCCGCGGCGCCGGAGCUGCGGCGGCUCGCGGACGACUGCGUCCGCGCGGUGCGAGCGUCGCUACCGGACGCGCACGUCGAGGUCGUGCCGAGCCCCCAGCCCGUCAAGUCCAUCCGGCGCUGCCUCCAGAAGACGCAGUGCGACUACGGCGGCGACUACACGCGGAUCUCCGACUACGUGCGCUGCACGAUCCUCUGCGACCGCCUCGUCGAGGUCCGAGACGCGCUCGCGUGGCUGCUGGAGGCCCGCGCGGACCGCUUCGAGGUCAUCCGCGUCAAGGAUCGCAUCACGCGGUCCUGGGACCCGGAGCUCUCGGGGGGCAACCGCGACGUCAUGGUCAACGGGCGCCUCGCGCUCGGCCGCGACCACGACUUCGUCGUCGAGAUCCAGCUCCACGUGCGGUCCCUCUUCGAGCUCAAGGGGGACCUGCAUGUGCUCUACGAGGGCGCGCGCAUCCUCGGCGCCAUGGAGGCGACGACGACGACGCACGACGGCGUGCUCUCGGACGACGCGCUCGCGCGCGCGCGGCGCGGCAUCAUCCGGAAGCUCGUCGUCAAGCACACGAUCGUCAGCGAGGACCAGCGCCGGGACGUCGCGAAGCUGCUGACGACGGAGCCCUGCGCGCUGCUCGAGUGCAACCUCUACCGCGCGACGGACGCGACGGGCGCCGAGCCCGCGUUCCGGGGCUGGUCGCUCGCGGCGCUCGCGCUGCCGGACCCGACGCUCGGGCCGACGGCGCCGGCGUGCCGGCGGCUCCGGGUCCUGGAUCUGUGCGGCCUCGGUCUGACGGGGAACGUGCCGCCGGGCAUCGGGGAACUGCGGUCCCUCGAGUGGCUCAACCUGCAGGAGAACGAGCUCGCGGGCGCGCUGCCCGCGGCGCUCGGCACGCUGCCCCGCCUGAAGCGCUUCUCCGUGCACACGAACCAGCUGAGCGGCGAGCUGCCCGACUUUUCGCGGGCGUCGAAUUUGGAGAAGUUCUCCGCGCACACGAACCGCUUCGUCGGCGCCAUCCCCGAACAUUGGUCGAGGACGCUCAAGGACUUCAAGGUCCACCGCAACGCGCUGACGGGCCCCUGCCCCGACUUUGGCGCCUGCACGAAGCUCAAGGCCGUCUGGGCCUUCCAGAACGCGCUCGACCCGGAGACGCCCGCGACGCUCAUGAAGCUCGCGUCGUGCGACGUGCUCAUCCGCGACCCCGUCGAGGCGGAGCGCGCCGCCGUCGACGCCCAGGCCGGCGGCGGCCCCGUGUUCCGGCGCCUGCGGGGCGAGCCGGGCAUCUCGAUCCGCGCGGACGCGGCGCGGCCGGACCGGCGCCGCUUCUUCCUCGGCUCCGUGCUCGGCGCCGACGGCGCCGUCGCGACGUCCGGCGUGGCCUACUACGAGGUCGCGCUCCACACCGACGACCCCAAGUCCUUCGAGGUCGGCUUCGCGGGGCCCGCCUUCGAGCGGAGCGACGCGGAGGUCGUGACGUCCUUGCACGACGACCCGCACGCGUGGGCCGCGACACCGUCCGCGAAGAAGGGCGACACGGUGCGCCUCGCGGCGCUGCUCGACGCGGGCAUCGUGGGCUACGCGGUCAACGACGGGCCCUGGCGGCUCGUCGCGCGGAGCGGCGCCAUCGCGCGCGACGGCGCCUUUCCCCUCUUCGCGGCGUCGGGCGGCGCGGUCCUGGGCUUCCGGGCCGCGGCGCCCUUCGCCCACGCGACGCCCGACGCCGCCGUCGUCGACGCGCUCAAACUCGAGGUCGAGAAGAGCGACCGCGCCGAGGAGGCCAUCGCGCACUCGCAGCGCAUCCACGACGAGCAGGACGCGCGCGCGCUGAUGGCGUCGGGCUCCGCGCGCGUCGUCGACAUCAACGGCCAGAAGGUGCUCAUGUAA